UCCGCCGCAACGAAUAUCCAGUCGAGAGUCUCUACUGCUCUCAGAUUCCGUCCUACUCUUCUCCUCUCUGCACGCAAACUCAGGCUCUUACAAUAUAAUCAAUCAAAUUCAAGAGCGCCAUUUCCCCCUAUAUGUAUCAGCCAUGGCCUCUUCUUCUUUUUCCAUGAGUCCUGCUCUCUCUCUCCCCAUUUUCUCCAUUGCCACUAUCCCUUCCUCUUCUUCAUACUUUCCAAUCUUUCUUCCAUUCUCACGUUUUCCUCCUCCACGGGCGAAACCCAUUUGCGUAUUCUGCACAGAAGCUCGUUUGUGCCGCUCUAGGGCAUCAAAGAGUGGGUGCGGAGGAAGUACCAGUGGUGUUCUUGCAGCUAAAAGCAUGACCAUCACUGAUGCGAGAGAUGAAGGGGAAGGGGAAGGGGAAGGGGAAGAAGAAGAAGAGGCACUUUCCCCUUUGCUGGAAUCAGAAUGCAAUUCCAGGCCUCGUCGUAUCGCUCUCUUCGUUGAGCCCUCUCCAUUCUCUUACGUGUCUGGAUAUAAAAAUCGCUUCCAGAAUUUUAUUAGGUAUCUACGUGAAAUGGGUGAUGAGGUAAUGGUUGUGACAACACAUGAAGGACUGCCACAGGAGUUCUAUGGAGCAAAAUUGAUUGGGUCAAGAAGUUUUCCUUGCCCUUGGUAUCAGAAAGUUCCUCUUUCCUUAGCUCUCAGCCCUAGAAUAAUAUCAGAAGUUGCCCAAUUCAAGCCUGACAUUAUACAUGCAUCAUCACCUGGGGUAAUGGUAUUUGGGGCUCUCAUUAUUGCAAAACUUUUAUGUGUACCUAUAGUGAUGUCAUAUCACACUCAUGUUCCUGUAUACAUACCACGAUACACCUUUAGUUGGCUGGUGAAGCCCAUGUGGUUGGUUAUAAGAUUUCUUCACAGAGCUGCUGAUUUGACACUGGUGCCCUCAGCUGCCAUUGGAAGAGAUCUCCAAGCAGCCAGGGUAACAGCAGCCAACAAGAUUCGUCUUUGGAGUAAAGGUGUUGAUUCUGAAUGUUUUCACCCUCGAUACCGUUCUCAUGAAAUGCGAUUGAGACUAAGGUGGGACUCUGCUCUCAUCUCUUAUUUUUUAUUUCAUUGCCAUGUUUUGGAAUCCUCCUCCAAAUGUUAUGUGUAUGUUUUUCUGCUGCACAGCAAUUGUGAACCUGAAAAACCUUUAGUAAUCCAUGUUGGACGACUUGGAGUUGAGAAGAGUUUGGAUUUUCUCAAAAGGGUCAUGGAUAGACUUCCUGAAGUACGGAUCGCUUUCAUUGGGGAUGGGCCACAUAGGGAGGAGCUUGAGGACAUGUUCUCCGGCAUGCCUGCGGUAUUCACGGGGAUGUUACAGGGUGAGGAGCUCUCUCAGGCAUAUGCCAGUGGGGAUGUUUUUGUGAUGCCUUCGGAAUCAGAGACACUUGGGCUUGUUGUUUUAGAGGCCAUGUCAUCUGGGAUUCCUGUGGUUGCUGCUCGUGCUGGGGGUAUCCCUGAUAUAAUUCCCAGUAAUCAGGAGGGCCAUACGGGCUUUCUUUUUAAUCCUGGAGACAUUGAUGACUGCUUAAGUAAAUUGGAGCCUCUGCUGCAGAGCUGUGAAAUGAGAGAAUCCAUUGGCAAGGCUGCACGAGAUGAAAUGGAGAAGUAUGACUGGAGAGCAGCCACACGAAAGAUACGAAAUGAACAAUACAAUGCUGCCAUUUGGUUCUGGAGGAAGAAGAGAACACAGUUACUGAGACCUCUGCAAUGGCUAGCAAGGAAUAUUUUCCGUUCACCACAAGUCAACUAUAGAUGAUGCGAAGUUCAAUUUCAGUUUUUAAGUUUGUUUGGGGCUUUCAAAGAUGCCUUUUUCAUUUUUUAUUUUUUAAUUUAUGUAUAUAUAUAUUGUAAUUGCUAGUCAUUGUUGUGCAUAUAGCAGGGAGUUGUUCUACCAUUGACACUAGGUAAAGGAUUUGGGUGCAAAGUUCUGUAUAAUUAAUACUGGGAGCCUUUUUCUUCAUCUAUAACAUCUUUGCAAACGUUAGCAA